AUGGCAGACCUUAACCUGGGGAAGAUGGUUUUCGCCAUCAUUGACUUCCUGAACGACCAGCUACAUUCAGGCCAGCUGUCUGGAGAUGCAGCCGAGAGUUUAGAAGUUGCUAUCCAGUGUUUAGAGACUGCGUACGGUAUAGAGUACAAGGAUGCGGCAUGUGCAGCCAGGUUACACACGACACCUGCGCUGUACCAGCUCUUCUUAACACACCUGAGGGGACAGGCACAGACAGACGGUGUGAGCCCCACAAGAGAGCGCCCCCUACAGGUGAAGGAGGAAACUGCAGCGGCACCCAGCGGUGUGUUGUCAGAAGAGGACAAGGCAAAAGCUGAGCAGCUGAAAAAUGAAGGUAAUGCCCACAUGAAGGCAGAGAGGUACCAGCAGGCUGUAGACAGCUAUACCAGCGCUAUCACAGUCAACAGCAACAACGCUGUCUACUACUGUAACAGGGCUGCAGCCUACAGUAAACUCCUGGAUCACCAGAAGUCACUAGAAGACUGUCAGAAGGCAGUGGAGAUAGACCCCACCUACAGCAAGGCUUACGGACGCCUGGGAAUGGCGUACUCUAACCUGAAUCAGCAUGAGAAGGCGAAGCAGAGUUACCAGCAAGCGCUCGAGCUGGACCCUGAUAACCAGACCUACCAGAGCAACCUUAGACUCGCCGAGCAGAAACUCAGGGAAAUCAACCUAGGGGGCCCUGGAAUGGGUGGACCUGGUCCUGGUCUGGGUGGAAUGGGCGGGAUGCCAGGAGGCCUAGGGGGCCUUGGAGGCAUGGGUGGAGCGGGGUUAGGAGGGAUGGACCUAGGGGGUCUUCUCAACAACCCUAUGCUGAUGAAUAUGGCGACGCAGAUGAUGCAGAACCCGCAGAUGCAGCAGAUGUUGGGAAACUUAUUAGGCAGCGGCGGUGCACCUACCCAAGCCCCCUCAUCAGGCGAAACACCACCGGGGCCAGGGGGCCUUAAUAUGUCUGAAUUCUUGCAAGCCGGCCAGCAGAUGGCGCAGCAGAUCCAGCAGCAGAACCCGGAGCUUGUGGAGCAGCUGAGGACACAGAUGGGCCGAGACCCGCCCGACGGCAGUCAGGACAAUCCUGACGGGAAAACUGAUGAGAAAUAAUGAAACUUGAACCUGAACGUAGCUGUGUAGUGACGGAUCUUACUACAGCAGCCUGGCAACACCGGUACCAGCCACAGGACAGUUUGCCGCUCAAAGAUGGCAAAAAUCUACAAACUUAAGACUUAACAGUUUAGCACAAAGGAACGACAAAAAUCUUGCAGGAAAAGCUUCGCUCCCAGAGAUAAAUGUAAGAGCAAAGUUUGAUAAACUGUGUUGCAAUAGACACACAAGUCAGUCAAGUUGGCCCAAGUUGUUGAAAAAAAUUGUAAUUUUUUUAGAAGAAUAGAUAUUGAAGUAGCAGAACAAUUGUGACAGUCAUAAAUGGUGAACUGUAUAAAAAUGCUUGUGCUAUCAGAGGUUCCUCCGCUAGCAUGGGGUGUUAGAUACUACAGACACUCACAGGAUAGAUUGUUAACCAGACAAAGCAGGGGUGGAAGUUUCAAGGGAAGCACCAGGAAUAUCUUUCCUCAGUUCCUUUACAAUUGUACUCAACUCUUUCCCACCUGUAUCCAAGAUACAAUGCCCAGAAGGAAUCUCUGAUAUCACUGACUUCCUUGCAACAGUUUAUGAUAUUGUCUUUGAGAAGAAUUUCACAUGGAAUUACAAUUUAGAGGUUUCGAUGUACUAAAAUCCUUUAGUAUGAUUCUCUAAAAAAAGCUUAGGCCACUCCAAGAAUGUUACUUGUCCCUCAGACAAAAAUAAGAAAGAUUAUGAGUUUUGAAAGCCAGGAGUUUCUGUAUGCAAGAUAUGAAUUUAUCUAUAUGAAGUCUGAAUGUUAGGUUAGCAUAAGAAACAACAUGUAGCCUGGAGUUGUAUUUAUUUGGUUAAGAAUGUAUUUUAUCUGGCUGGAAUUACUUCAUUUUUUUUCAUAAUGAUCAGAAGGAUAGAGAAAAAUGUUAUGUACAGCCAAUAAUUUGGAAAAUAGGUAAGGAUAAUGAGAUAUUUUAGAUUUAAAGUAAAAACGAAGCGAAAAAGACUUGCCAUAUGCAGCAGAAAUUGUUCAGAUUGUAUUUCUUGAACAACUGGACUGAGAAGAAAAAAGUAUGCAAACUGAUGUCAGAAAAUUAAUCUAGGAAAUGAACAUUGUAAUUAACUGUCCAUAGGAACUACACUGACUUGGUUCAGUUUUACCCCCUAAAUGCAGGCUGACAAACCCGAUUGUUAUUUUGGUCUGAUCCCAAUAAAGAAAGUUUU